AACACUUCCGGUUCCUUCAAAACCUCUCACCGACCGGCCUUUCCCCACACCACGCGACCAGAUCUCUCCGGCCACCGGCGAUCCACCCCUCGACGGAGAUGGCAAUGGCUCGGCGCCGUGUCACACCACAACUCCUCGUCCUGCUCCUGCUCCUAUCCACCGCGGGACCGUCGCUGGCUCAGCUGAACAACAGCACGAGCCAUCACCGCUCCAAAACCGCCGGCGGGUUCACGCUGACCACCGCCAUCGUGCUCGUCGUCCUCAUCUCCGCCUUCGUCCUCCUCACCCUCUUCUCCGUCUACAUCAACCGCUGCGCGCCGGCCCGUCCGCCUCCCCCGCGCCGUUCGUUUCGUACCGCGCCUCAAACAGCCGACGACGGUGCCGUCCACCCGGUCUGCCGAUCGCGCGGCCUCGACAAGGAGAUCGUUGAGUCUUUCCCCACCGCGGUGUACGGCGACGUGAAGGCGCGCAUGGCGGCGAAGUCGGGACCGCUGGAGUGCGCCGUGUGCCUCACCGCGUUCGAGGACCACGACGAGCUCCGGGUGCUCCCCGCGUGCUGCCACGUGUUCCACCUGGAUUGCAUCGGCCCGUGGCUCGCCGGCGCCGUCACGUGCCCGCUCUGCCGCGCCGACCUCACCGUGCCCUCGGCUCCCCCGUCCACCGAGAGCUGCGACCUGACGGCGCGUCAGGAGACGGUGCAGGAAGAGCCGGAGGAGGAGCAAGACGAGGCGUGCCUCGCGGGCGCCUUCACGCCCGAAUCCGUCAUCAGCUUCGGCGCAACGCGUUCCCACGAGUUCCACUACCGAAGGACGCAGUCGGCCAUGGACAUGCCGGAUCGGCACACGCUGAGGCUGCCGGAGCACGUCAUGAUGGAGCUCGCCGCCGUCCGGAGGCACCGGCGGGCCGCGAGCCUCACCGGGUACCCCGACGCCGUGGAGAGGACGCCGAGGUGGCUGGCGUCGUUCUGGCGGUCCAUGUCAUGGCAGCGGCAGAGCCGGACGGAUUCGGAUGCCGUGGAGGAGCACGGUGGCAACAAACGGGUAGUUCCGAUCACCGGAGACUCGGCCGAAAAACCCAGUGGAUCCGGGUCCUGUGGGGAAGCAAAGGAGAAGCCGGAUGUUGACGCGUUAAACAGAGUCUGAUUUUCUGUCAUACCUAUUUUUAAAAUGAACCAAUCAAAUGUCAACUACAUGUAUAUUAAGAUAUAUCACAUAAAAAUAAUUUUAUAGAAAUA